UAUUUCCUAUUAAUACUUUUUAGACCUUGUUUGUUAUUUACCUUGUUUAUUAUAUCGUAUUUUUGUCGUAUUACCAAGGAAUUUUCGCACGUUCUCGUAAGGAAUCUGAUUGUUAACGAGCUAUUAUUAAAUUACAAUGAAUAUUUUAUUCGUAUACACUUACGGUGUUAUUCGUCAAUUGUGAUAUAUCUUUUGAUAACAUUUUAUUUUCUCGCCUUAGUUUCUUAUUUGAAACAAUUGGUGUCCGAAGAUUCAAGAUGAUGGUAAAUUACCACGUACCAUCUGCCCUGGUUGUAAUAUUCAACUGGAGGCAACAAUUCAAUUCUUUGAACUAUUGGUGGACGGUCAGAGGAAAAUUCGUGAAAUGUGGAAGCAUCAGUUAGAACAAAAACGUAAGGCUGAACGCGAGCGACUUCGUACUGGAAAAGAAGACACUGAAGCAGUAGCAGAAACUUCUGAGUUAGAUAAUAUUUCACAGUAUAAUGAGGAAGAUCAAUUUGAACAACAAAUUAUCAUAAAAAUAAUGCCAGAUGGUUCUAUGUAUGCUGCGGAACAUGAAAUGAGUCUUCAAAUGGAAGGAUUAAAUAAACCAAAACGAAAGAGAGGACGACCACCAAAAACACAUAUAGAAAACAUAUCUACGGAAUUAGCAAAAGAUGGAAUAGAAGGAGGAAGUCAAGAGGAAGAAGAUAAACAAGAAGAAGAAAUAGAUGAGAUAGAUGGAGAUGGAAGACGCCGCAGGAAGCGUAAGGUUCCUAAAAGAUACAUGGAAGCAGUCCAAGGCAAGGAACUAGAAAGAAUAUAUAAGGAAGAAGGAGUAAUUGAUGAAGAAGAUGAUGAGCAGCCUGAUAAUGUUGAAGAUUCUGAGGAACAAUUAAAUAUGUCUGUUCCCGAUAGUCAAGAAGAAAUAAUUGGUCACUUAGAAUCUGAGGAAGGAAAAGACUUGGGAGAAUUAGUGAUAGUAAAUCGAGGUAGAGGGCGAGGUCGGCCAAAGCUACGUCGUAGGAGAAAUAAAUUCACAUGUCAAUUAUGUGGUCGAGGUUUCUUACAACGUAGCAGAUACAUUGUACACAAGAGUUUCCAUAAGGGAAUAAAAUACGAAUGCUUUGAAUGUAAAAAAUUAUUUACGAGUAAGGAUAAUUUGGAAUUACAUCAAAAAGCAAGUCAUCAUACUGGAGAUGAUAUCAAUGAAAGUUUCGAAAGUGAUAUUCAAAAUCCACGUUCAGAAUCGAAGCAACCUUUAUCCGAAGAGGAUCAUAAUAUUGCCGAUGUUCUUGAACCUUCUUUAUCAGAAAAACGACGUACGAAUCAAUUUUCAAAUAUUUCUGACAAUUCCCAGAAAUCUCUUUUAUGCGAACAGUGCGACAAAUUGUUUGAAACGAAACAAGCUUACGAUUUACAUGUAAAAAUGGUUCACGAGUCCGAAAAAUUAUUUAUUUGUACUAUUUGCAAUAAAAGUUUUACUCAACAAACAGCUUUAAAGGCUCAUAUGCCGAUACACGAUAGGAAUAAAUUGGAAAAGGAGUAUCCCUGUGAUAUUUGUGGAAAAGUUCUGAAUCAUCCAAGUUCUGUAGUAUAUCACAAAGAGGCAGAACAUAACGAUGGUCGUCGAUUUGUUUGCAACAAGUGCGGAAAAAGUUUCAAACACAAACAAUUGCUGCAACGCCAUCAACUUGUACAUUCGGACGACCGACCUUACAUUUGUAAAUCCUGCAAUGCUAGUUUUAAAACAAAAGCAAAUUUAAUUAACCAUCAGUCUACGCAUACGGGCGAGAAAAAAUAUUUUUGUGAAAUUUGCGGACAACAGUUCGCACACAAAACUAGUCUCACAUUGCAUUACAGGUGGCACACGGGUCACAAGCCAUAUACAUGCGAAGUAUGUCAUAAAAGUUUUUCACAAAAUGGGAAUCUGCAAGAGCAUAUGCGAAUUCAUACAGGAGAAAAACCUUAUUGUUGCGAUUACUGUGGAAGAAAGUUCACUACCUCCUCGCAAUUUAAGCUUCACGUUAAACGUCACACUGGCGAGCGUCCUUGGAAAUGUGAAUUUUGUGCAAAAUGCUUUUUACACAAGGACACUUGGAAAUGCCAUGUACGCAGACAUAAAGGAGAGCGUCCUUUUCAGUGCGCCCAUUGCAAUCGCGGUUUUACGGAGCAGUGGGCUUUGAAAAAACAUCUUCGUCUCCACACUGGGGAGAAACCUUACUCUUGUGAGAUUUGUGGAAAAGCGUUCGCAGAUUGUUCGAAUUUAACAAAGCAUAAAAAAGUACACAGAGAAACCAAAGUUUCUGCAAUGGAUGAGGUAGAAGGAUCUCCGAUUGGAGAAGUUUGGCAAAUUUUACCAAGUUCCCAGGGAUCCGACGAGCAUUUAUUGACUGACCAAAUGGCUCAAGUUAUUACGACAGAUGAAACAUCCGGAGAUGGUAUUCAACAAAUUAUAUACGUUUCUUAUCAAGAUCCAGAUGAUCCUAAUCAGUCUCGGACUUUGCAUUUCGUCGAUGCCGGAAUGAUGAGGAAAAAGGAUGAAAAAUCGAAUGCGAACCAGUCAUUGCCGCAUUUAAAUAUCGAGAGUGAUGGAAUACUUACCAAUACGACUCACAACAAUGGAAACAAUAAUUCAAACGAACGAAUAAAUGUCGAACUUUCUGAAUCCGAUCUUCAGCUACAGAUAACAGAUGAAGAAGGUAAUCCAAUUCCUCUUUCGAUUCAAGAUGCUCGACAGCUUUUAUCUCAGACUCAAUUUGUCAAUCAACUGAAUGAUGGUCAAGAAAUUAGAGUUCAUCCUGGAGUGAUUACAGAUGAACUAGCAGCACCAUUAAGUGUACAUAUUAACCAUGACUCCGAUAUGAAAAGUGUUGAUAUUAGUAAUACAGAAGAAGGAAAGUUGAGAAAUAUAUCAAAUGUUGAAACAGAUGCAGAAGCAAUCGUAAAAGCGUUAGAGGAUGAAAAUACGGACGCAAAUGCAGUUGCAACGAUCAAUCAAAUGGAAGAAUCAGAGCAACCAGGAAUCACCGAAAACGAACAAGCAAUUGAAUUUACAACACAGGACGGUCAAAAAGUUCGUUUAGUUACCUCUUAUCAUGUUGACCCAAUGCAACUUGCCUCCGAGUACCUGACUAUUGUAUAGAAUUGGAAAAAUCUUACAUCUACAUGAAUCAUAUAUUUGGCAUUGUAUAUUAGUUAUUUUAAAUGUUGUUCUUUGUAUUAAAUUAAGUUCCUUUUUACAUUGUUUUCAAGUGAUAAAUGAAUUGUAAAGAAAAAUGUUUUGAUUUAAGAAAUUAUAAAAACAAAUAGCAUUAAUAAAUGAAUUAAAUCAUUUGAAAAUAUUGUAAAGUUUUAAGAAUAAUAAGCCUUUGAAACGGU